GCUUCUACUGCAAAUAAAAAAAACUCGCGCACAAAGUCCUUGAGGCGGUGGCAGCCGGAGCAAAGUGGCUUUGCUUGACACAACUUGAAACAAGGACCAUGCAUUCUUCUUCCACACAUACUGCCGCUCGACUGUUCGACCACUUUACUCGAUUCGCCUCUAGGACGACAAUAUUAAACGGCAACAGCAGCAGCAACAGCGGCGCUUAUCAGCAGCUUUACUCUCGGUAGCAGGCUGCGGAGGGGCUCAUUUCGGAGAGGUUGUUGCUUCUCACACACCCAAUGGCAGUCAUGGCCUCCUCAGGGUUAGCACCAGAAGGCCCUGGUUCUGGCAUGGGUACGGGCCAGAAUGCCGCACCUAAACUAGGAGCCGUCAGUCAAAGGCUGGAGCAUAUUAUCAAAUAUUCCCUCGAUAAGUUUCAAUUCAGGAAUGCAGUCUUCCUUGCAGAAAGGCUGGUCUCUCAGGCACGCGGUCCAGCACACUCUGAGGCGGAGCGAGAAUAUGCGCAAUACAUCUUGGCGACGUGUCAUUAUCGGCAAGGAAACCCAGAGAUGGCAUGGGCAGUUCUGGAGGGCUGCACAUCUUCGAGAUGUCGUUAUCUUUUUGCGCAAUGCUGUCUGGAUUUACGGCGAUAUAUGGAAUGCAGCGGCGUUCUGGAGUGGUUGCUUGAGGACACUGCCGUGACGAAAUGUCCUGCUACAGAUCUAAUAUCAAGCCGGAAUGCGACCAGUACUGGUGAACCAGAUCGAGCGUCCGUACUAAAUCUCCUUGGACAUGCUGCCAGAGCUCAGAAGCGACCGAAGCUGGCGAUCAAGUAUUUCAAGGAAGUUCUGGAACUCAAUCCAUUUUCAUGGGAGGCGUUUGAAAACCUAUGCGAACUUGGGGCACCGCAGGACCCGAACAACAUGUUUGCACAAUUCGAUAUCCGGCUGACCAGUAUGCUUCCUAAAUCAAUACCGACAUUUCAGCGGUCGAGGACGAUCACUGUGGAUUCACCUUUUUUCUCCACCAAACGCGAUAUGAUGCAGGACGAGAAUGUCGAAAGUGCUUUGUCAGACUCGUCCAACAUUUUGAACAACUCGCUGCUACGGUAUGAACCAACGGAUUCUACAAAAACAAAGUCAACAUUUCUACCCCCGAUGUUAUCGACCAGUGUAUCGGCAAUGGCCCAAACCAACGGUUUAUCCUUUAUGGAACCAGACGGUUACAAUAUUGAAAAGACGCCAACACCUUUAGGUGCAUCCGCGAAUCGCGAACUUCCAUUCGCUAUUCCUACAGCACUUGCAGAUUCGAGUGAUCGUGUGCCGUUAAGAAGAGGAGCAACAUCUCAGCCAAGGAGACAUUUUGAAAGAACAAAGUCCAAUUCAACACUGCAGGGCCAAAGCACCUCAGGAGGUAUAACGAAGCGGGGACUUGGAAGGAGUACAUCGGUCUCGAAUUUCUCGGCUUCUGCUCUACUCCGUGGAUCCAGCUCAAGAAACCAGCCAAAGGGCGCACCUAGCCUCAUGCCGAAAAAGGAUGCUGCGAACGACGAUCGGGAACAGCAACGGGAUGCAGCCCCAGCCACGAUACCAUUACCAAUCACUGAAGCAGAGCUAUGGGUGGAGGAAGAGGGGUUGCGGACUGUGGCCGAUAUAUUCAGGAUCAUGGCCAGGGCCUACGGUCUGCUUUCUUUAAACAAGUUUACAGAGUCCAUAACUGAAUUUGAACGCUUGCCAUUCGAGCACCUACAAAGUGGAUGGGUGCAGUGUCAGUUGGCUAAAUGCAAAUUUGAGAUGCAGGACUAUACAUCGGCUGCUCGAUAUUUUGAGCGAGCAAGGGAACUAGAGCCGAGCCUUCAGAGAGACAUGGAGAUCUUUUCAAGCUGUCUUUGGCAACUUCGGAAGGAGAUGACGCUUUCAACACUUGCUAAGGAGCUUAAGGACGCAAACCAUCAGUCGCCUCAGGCUUGGGUGGCACUCGGCAAUGCAUAUAGUUUGAAGCACGAGAGCGACCAUGCGCUGAAGUGUUUCCAACGAGCGAUCCAAUUGAACGACAAAUUCGCAUAUGCUCACACACUCUCAGGACAUGAGUACACCGAGCUUGAAGAGUAUGACAAGGCGCAAGCAGAGUUUCGAGCGGCGAUGAGCAUUGACCCAAGACACUACCAUGCAUGGUAUGGCAUGGGUUUGAUCUACAACAGGAUGGGCAAAAACGAUCUUGCGCUCAUUCACGUCAGAGAGGCCCAUAGGUUGAAUCCGACCAACAGUGUGCUUCUCUAUCUGGUUGGAUCGAUUCAAGAAAAGAUGAGCAGGACCACAGAAGCAUUACGGUCGUUUGAAGAGGCCAUCAAUCUAGACCCGAACAACGUUGCGGCACGGUUCCGCAAAGCCCAUGUGCAGAUGGAGAUGGAGCAAUGCGAGGAGGCCCUCAGGGAGCUUGAGGCGAUCAAGAAACUGUCGCCCGAUGAAGCCAAUGUGUUUGUAUUGCAGGGCAGGGUCCUUCUCAAGAUGGGAGACAAGACCCAGGCGCUGAAGUACUUUACGUGGGCGUUGAAUCUCGACAGCAAAUCCUCGCAUGCGAUCCGCGACUUGAUCGAGAAGGUCGACCAGGGAUCCGAUGGUGACCAGGGAAGCUAUGAAGUCAAGGUCGAUAUGGACUAGUUUAGCACCGCCCGCAUUCCUCACCGCCGCACCGCAUUUUGGCCGUUAGAGUUCCAACACGAGGAGGCGAUGUUUCUAAAGUCAUGUGCAAAUCUAGGAAACGGAGCACUGAGCAAGCACGGCUGCCGGAAACGUCGGAUAAGAUGUAAUUUGUAUAAUAUAAUCGACUACAGUUCAACUCA